AGACGGGACGGGAACCGCAACGGGACGGGAGCCGAGAGGGGCCGAGCGCCGCCCGAGGCGGCGGAGGAGCGUCGCGUUGUGCUGCGCCGCGGAGAGCGUCCGGGCCUCCUUCCCGGGCGGCGGUGCGGCCGGAGUUAAAGCCCUAGGUUCACUUGGCGACGCCGGGAGCGGGCGCCGCUGAGGCGCGGGCCUCGCCGGCCUCCUUGGCUUCUGGGGUCCCGCGGAGCGCGCGGACCAGGCGGCGCUCCUGCCCACGCCGACCGGGAGCCAGCGCCGCGGCCGGGGCCGCUUAGGUGCUUUCUUCCCGGGAGGAGAGCUCUUCUCAGAGGGCAGGUGCUGACGGCCUUCAGGUACUGGACUCCUGGCCCUACCUGCAGUUACUCCAUGGAGUCCUUUGGGCAACCCAGACCAGAAGAUAACCAGUCAGUAGUCAGCAGGAUGCAACAGAAAUACUGGAAAACUAAACAGGUCUUUAUCAAAGCAACAGGAAAAAAAGAGGAUGAGCAUGUAGUGGCAUCUGAUGCCGAACUGGAUGCUAAACUUGAGGUUUUUCAUGCCAUUCAAGAGACAUGCACUGAACUUCUGAAGAUAGUCGAGAAAUAUCAGCUAAGAAUCAAUGUUAUAUCAGAGGAGGAAAAUGAGCUAGGGCUCUUUUUAAAGUUUCAAGCAGAACGGGAUGCAACGCAAGCCGGCAAAAUGAUGGAUGCCACUGGCAAGGCACUCUGUUCCUCAGCCAAGCAAAGAUUGGCUUUGUGUACUCCUCUGUCUCGUCUUAAGCAAGAAGUAGCAACAUUCAGUCAAAGAGCUGUGUCUGAUACCUUGAUGACAGUUAAGCGGAUGGAGCAGGCACGCACAGAAUACAGAGGAGCUCUGCUGUGGAUGAAAGAUGUAUCUCAAGAACUGGACCCAGAUACUUUAAAGCAAAUGGAAAAGUUCAGAAAAGUACAGAUCCAAGUGAGAAAUAGUAAAGGUUCUUUUGACAAGUUAAAGAAGGAUGUUUGUCAGAAAGUGGAUUUGCUUGGAGCUAGUCGAUGCAAUAUGCUAUCUCACUCACUUGCUAUCUACCAGAGAACAUUGCUUGGAUUCUGGGAGAAAACAGCUCGAAUGAUGUCCCAAAUCCAUGAGGCCUGUACUGGCUUUCAUCCAUAUGAUUUUGUAGCUCUCAAGCGACUACAAGACACUCCAAGCAAGCUUACUGAAGACAUCAAAGAACAACUAGAAGGCACUUUUAUUACUGAGAAUCUCAAUAAGGUAGUUUUGUCAGAGGAGGAGCUGAACUUCAAAGGUGAACCAGCAGUGGUGAAAGAGCUAUCUGUAGACUCACUGGAAGAAGAGUUUGAGAAGGAAUUCUCAUUUCUGAACAGUCUCCUAAGUCCUGGUUCUUCAAGCACUAGUGAAGUUGCCCAGGAAUGCCAGACUUCUGAGAGUCCCACUGCCAGUCUCACAUCCCAGGAGGCUUCUGUGGGGUCUGAGCCUCUUGCUCAUUCCUCUCAGUUCCUUCCUUCACAACUCUAUGACCUUGGCCUUCAUGCUGCUGGAUCUUUCAAAAGCUGGAUUCCUCAAAAGGGACUAGAACACAUGGAUAACCUGCCAGUGCCUUUACAGAGUCCAAAGAAAUUAACAAGAUCCUCUAAGAGUGGUAACCAAGACAUGUCAGCCUGGUUCAGUCUAUUUGCAGACUUGGAUCCACUUUCAAACCCAGAUGCCAUCGGACACUCAGAUGAUGAACUUCUUAAUGCUUGAAUGAAGUUAUAAAUGUCAUCACAGGGGCUUUGAGACAUCAGUUUCACAAUAUAUUGCCUUUGUGGAAAUUA